AGCCCAGAGCCGUGCUAGCUCACACUCGGACUUCCCAAGCUCCGCGCGUGUCCCCGUCUGCACGUCCACGCCAGCGCAGCCCCUACCGAGGACACUCAGCCCGCCCGUGGAUCAGGAUGUCCUUCCAAGGCAAGAAGAGCAUUCCCCGGAUAACGAGCGACCGCCUUCUCAUCAAAGGUGGGAAGAUUGUGAACGAUGACCAGUCCUUUCAUGCUGAUCUGUAUGUGGAAGAUGGUCUGAUUAAACAAAUUGGAGAGAAUCUCAUCGUCCCUGGGGGCAUCAAAACCAUCGAUGCUCAUGGCCUGAUGGUGCUGCCUGGGGGAGUUGACGUCCACACCCGCCUGCAGAUGCCUGUGAUGGGCAUGACCCCAGCUGAUGAUUUCUGUCAGGGCACCAAGGCGGCCCUAGCGGGUGGGACCACGAUGAUACUGGACCAUGUGUUUCCUGAUGCUGGUGUGAGCCUGCUGGCAGCCUAUGAACAGUGGCGGGAGCGAGCGGACAGUGCAGCCUGCUGUGACUACUCCUUACAUGUGGACAUUCCUCGCUGGCACGAGAGCACCAAAGAAGAGCUGGAGGCCCUAGUCAGGGACAAAGGUGUGAACUCCUUCCUGGUCUUCAUGGCAUACAAGGACAGGUGCCAGUGUACUGACGGUCAGAUAUAUGAAAUCUUCAGCCUCAUCCGGGACCUGGGAGCCGUGGCCCAGGUGCACGCAGAAAACGGGGACAUCGUGGAGGAGGAACAGAAGCGCCUGCUGGAGCAAGGCAUCACUGGUCCUGAGGGUCAUGUGCUCAGCCACCCAGAAGAGGUAGAGGCCGAGGCUGUGUACAGAGCAGUCACCAUUGCCAAGCAGGCCAACUGCCCACUGUACGUCACCAAGGUGAUGAGCAAGGGCGCAGCUGACAUGGUUGCCCAAGCCAAGCGCAGGGGGGUGGUCGUCUUUGGGGAACCUAUCACUGCCAGCCUGGGCACCGAUGGCUCACACUACUGGAGCAAGAACUGGGCCAAGGCUGCGGCCUUCGUCACUUCACCCCCUAUCAACCCGGACCCUACUACUGCAGACCACCUCACCUCUCUGCUGUCCAGUGGGGACCUCCAGGUGACAGGCAGUGCACACUGCACCUUCACUACUGCCCAGAAGGCUGUCGGCAAAGAUAACUUCACACUGAUCCCCGAGGGCAUCAACGGUAUAGAAGAGCGCAUGUCUGUGGUCUGGGAGAAAUGUGUGGCUUCAGGGAAAAUGGACGAGAAUGAGUUCGUUGCCGUGACCAGCACGAAUGCUGCCAAAAUCUUCAAUUUUUACCCCAGGAAGGGGCGUGUGGCCGUGGGCUCAGAUGCUGACCUGGUCAUCUGGAACCCCAGGGCCACGAAAGUCAUCUCUGCCAAGAGCCAUAACCUGAAUGUAGAGUACAACAUCUUUGAAGGAGUGGAGUGCCGAGGAGUGCCCACGGUGGUCAUAAGCCAGGGCAGAGUGGUGCUGGAGGAUGGAAACCUGCUUGUCACCCCAGGGGCCGGCCGCUUCAUUCCCCGGAAGACAUUCCCGGACUUCGUCUAUAAGAGGAUAAAGGCUCGCAACAGGCUAGCAGAGAUCCACGGUGUGCCUCGAGGCCUGUAUGACGGGCCUGUGCAUGAAGUGAUGUUACCUGCCAAGCCAGGGAGCGGCACACAGGCCCGUGCAACCUGUCCAGGCAAGAUCUCAGUGCCACCUGUGCGCAACCUACACCAGUCGGGGUUCAGCUUAUCUGGCUCUCAGGCUGACGAUCACAUUGCCAGACGUACCGCUCAGAAGAUCAUGGCACCCCCCGGAGGACGCUCCAACAUCACAUCUCUUUCCUAGACUUGGGGGUCUUGGCCAGCUGGUGCUGUCCCCACUGGCAGGGUGUGGGGACGACUCAUGUUGUCAGUUAGCUCCUUCCUUUGUAGAUCCUUAUUGUGAAAGGUGCUCAGCCUUACCCUCCCCCUCCCCAUAAGCUCUCUCUUGGGAGUCCCAGCCCCCACUCUGAGGUACCCCCCUCCAGAGGGCUGAACCCAGGGAGAGUUCACUGCCAGAGUGAGAGGAUUAGGCAUGGCAGUGAGCAGGUGCCUCUUGCCCCCCUGACCUUACCUCGAAGGCCCUCCGUGAGAGCUCUCGGCCUCCAGCUCAUGAGCUUUCUGGGGGUCUUGGUGUAGGCAGGGUGGGCGUUUGCUGCUGCCACCCCCUAAGAAAUCACUGCCCCGUGGGAGCCCCCAAGCUUCCACCAGUUCCAUGUUGCUAAGGUGCAGCGACCCCUUGGGGGCCUGUCCCCCUGGCUGCCCUGGUGUAGGGAGGAGAGCAGGUGAGCGGAGCCUCUGCUUGCGGAGGUGCUGUGACUUCAGGGAUCCACCAGUUACUCAGUACAGGGGAGCUCCCUCCCACACAGACACUUCCAAGGACCAAACCUGAGCUCCUAUAGCAGCCCCCCUCUAGGGAGUUUGAUGAUCCCUUAGCUAAGACACUUUCCUUUUCCUACAAACUGUGUUUCCAUAGGUUUAUUAGAGUAGCGGUUUUGUACUGUGAGGAAACCGUAGCCAGGGAUCUAUCUGCAUGCUGCUGUACCACAUGCCGGCCACCGGCCAAGCCUGAUAUGAGGCAGGUCAAUAAAAAAAAAAAAAAAAAAAAGUAUGGGUUAGAAGCUGCCUGUGUGUUGCCAGCCAAACCUCCCUCCCUCACAAGCAUUUGCAUGGGGACCAGAGAGCCCCUGCCACUCCUGUCACCUCUGCCCAGCUGCCUGCUAUCUAGCAGUGUGGUCUCUGCCUGCUCUGGGCCACCGGCAUGGCUGGACCUGAAUGGUGGAGAGAGGGCUCUUCCUCUUAGGAUAUCUGGCUGUCUCACAGCCAGAUGGUCAGUAGGAGGACUCCCAUGCUCUGACUGGCCAGGCUCAACAAGCCCCGCUGGACUGAGCGAGUUAGUGGAAGACUGGGAAGCAUGCCCUGCGGGGGGGGGUGUAGGAUAGUAUGGGGGCCAGCCCAGGAAGUGAGCACAGUUGCUCACAGCCAGGCCCCAGCCCUGGAAGGAAAGCAACUAGGCAGUUCCUAUGAAUGCCUUCCUGAUGUCAGAAAUCCGGGGCUGGCCUUAAGUCCUCUCAUGGUGGUGGUCUUAGUUCUUCAUGCCAGGCAAGGGAUCCCCAAAUUGCUUGUCCCUUCUCCCAACAUCUAUUCUCAGCAGCAGGAGCAUGUCCAUGGCAACCACUGUCAGCAUCCAGAAUCUUCAUCAUUUCUUUGGUCCUAGCAGCAACGUUGUUGAAGGCCCAACAUGGCAGCCCUGCCACCUUUGGGGGGGGGGGCAUCCUCUGGGUCACAUAUACACAGUCAGUAAGGCUUCAGACUGGAUUUCAUUUUGUUUUGGGACACAGUCUUGUGAUGGAGCCUUGACCAGUCUGCAUGGACCUUACUGUGUAGACCCGGCUGACCUCAAACUCAAGAGAUCCGCCUGUCCCCCAAGUGCUGGUAUUAAAGGUGUACUACCAUAAUCCAGCAAAGCUUUAGGCUUGAACCCUGGA